AACCCAAGAUCCUUAGAAGUGAUAAAGGUUCCUCAACUUCGUGUUUCCAAAAACUAAGGCUAAUUGAUGGCUAUGUGAGCUGGUUGUGCAAGCAAUGCAACUCCCGCAUCAAGACAAGAGCUGUUUCUGUUUUGGCCGCGAGGAGGAGGACGGAGGAAAUGACGCGCGCGCACAAGCAAUGAUAGCGGACCCUACAUGCGCAGCCUUUAUCAGAUUGGGCAGAGGCUCGCGGGUAGGACGGGAUGCUCCUUUCCUCGCGGUGACUCUAAUCUCCAGCACACAGACAGACGGGAGCUGCCGAGCUAGUGGAGAAACGUGCAUGCGUUACAUGACCUGAGACACCGAACAAGCUCUUCCUCACCCACCAGCACUUUCUCUCGUAGCCCGACACACAACGCACGCACCACUACACAGGUCGCAGCCAUGGACCCAGUAUUGGUGUUGCCAGCGGCAUUUCUCACCUUCCUCGCGGUGGUCCUCGCUGCCGUUAUCUUCUUUACACCCAAGAAAAAAGAAGAACCCAAGAAGAGCCAUGUGGUCGCUUCUAGCCCCGUGGAAAGCUACACACCCUUCAAGCUCUCCGAACCCCUGGAGAUUCCUGCCCUGGUGAACCACCCGAUAUUCGGCACCACGGUCGGUGAGGCUGUAGCAGAAGCCAAGCCCGAGCCCGUUGUUGAAGCUGCACCCGCACCAGAACCCGUAAAGGCUGCACCAGAACCCGAGCCCGUCCCAGAGCCAGAGCCAGUGGUAGUGGCAGCACCAGAGCCCGUUGUUGAGGCAGUUCCAGAACCAGUUGUGGAGGCUGUACAUACAAUAGAAAUAGCAACUGAGUUAUUGGCUGCACCAGAACCCGAGCCCGUCCCAGAGCCAGAGCCAGUGGUAGUGGCAGCACCAGAGCCCGUUGUUGAGGCAGUUCCAGAACCAGUUGUGGAGGCUGUACAUACAAUAGAAAUAGCAACUGAGUUAUUGGCUGCACCAGAACCCGAGCCCGUCCCAGAGCCAGAGCCAGUGGUAGUGGAAGCACCAGAACCAGUUGUUGAGGCCGUUCCAGAACCAGUUGUUGAGGCAGUUCCAGAACCCGUUGUGGAGGCUGUACAUACAAUAGAAAUAGCAACUGAGUUAUUGGCUGCACCAGAACCCGAGCCCGUCCCAGAGCCAGAGCCAGUGGUAGUGGCAGCACCAGAGCCCGUUGUUGAGGCCGUUCCAGAACCAGUUGUUGAGGCCGUUCCAGAACCCGUUGUAGAGGCUGUUCCAGAACCCAUUGUUGAAGCUGUUCCAGAGCCCGUUGUUGAGGCUGUUCCAGAGCCCAUUGUUGAGGCAGUUCCGGAACCAGAACCCGUUGUAGAGGCUGUUCCAGAGCCUGAGCCCGAGCCAGUUAUCGAGCCCGAGCCUGUUGUAGAGGCCGCUCCCGAACCCGAGCAUGUUGAGGAACCAGUGGUGGUGGAGGAACCCGUAUCGGAGGUACACGAGGCAGAACCAGAGCCUGUUGCCGAGGCACCUGAGCACAACGAUGUAGCGGCCGCCCCAGAGGAGGUGCAUGAUGAGGUGCAUGAGGAGGGCCACAAGACCAGCAAGUUCGAGAAUCGCCUGACCAAUGAGGAGCUGGAGGAGGAGCAGAGGGUGCAGCAGGAGCAGUUGGCGGCCAUCUUCCAGCUGCUGAGGGAGAACCAGGAGAUGUUUGGAGAGGUCACCGAGGGAGACGUGGAGGAGCAGCUCAAACUCUACGCACUCUAGACAACUACUCUACACACUGUAGACGUCACUUCUGUUCUCAACUCUACACACAUGUAGACAACAGCUCUACAACUCCACUCCGAUUCUACGCACUCUAGACAACAACUCUACUCCAAGUCUACACAUUCCAAACUUCACCUCUACUCUCAAUUCUACACACUGUAGACAACAGCUCUACUCCAACUCUACGCAUUCUAGACAACAACUCUACUCCAACUCUACACCAGUGUUUCUCAACAGGGGUGCCGGGGAAAGUGGCUGAUAAAUAAAUGAUGUAAUAUAAUACAUAUUUGUCUAAAUUGAUAAAUCAAUGCUAGUCCGUGGAAUCUUUCAUCUGCCAUUUACGCACAAGAAAGUAAAUAUACGUCGCCCCAGUCAGCUGCAACUUCAAACGUAGGUCUUGUGACGUCUCCAAAUGUGUUACUUUUCUAAGCUUGUGUAGUAUCGGGUGCGAUGCCAUGUUACGACUUGUUGGUUUGGGGUGCCUUGAAAUUUUUCAUGAAUUGAAAGGGUGCCUCGCCUAAAAAAAGGUUGAGAAACACUGCUGUAGACAACAGCUCUACAACUCCACUUCGAUUCUACGCACUCUAGACAACAACUCUACACACUAGACUUCACCUCUACUCCAACUUUACACACUCCAGACAACAGCUCUACUCCAGCUCUACGACUCCACUCAGAUUCUACGCACUCCAGACAACAACUCUAUUCCAACUCUACGCAGUCUAGACAACAACUCUACUCCAGCUCUAAACACUUGACAACAACUCUUUCAAACUCUAUUUGAACUCUUGAACCCAGCUCUAUAUGCUCGCUAAUAGCUAUAGUUAAGCUCUGUUCAAAUUCUACACACUUCUACACCCCCACACUACUCAAACUCUAACAAUUCUACUCACCCUAGACCUCAAUCCUUCUCUACUCCACUACUUAAACCAUUCUACUUCUCAACGCUAAAUCAGCUUUAAUUUACAGCAAAAAGAAAGACCAAAAUGCUAGACUCAACACGGUUCACGGGUUCAACUUGAUGCUGUGUAGAACUUCUGUGUAAACUCCACUUUCUAGAUGUUGCCAUCACUUCAUCAUAGUUACAGUAUCUAAUGUUCAUUUUCAAAGCCUUUCCGCUUCCCUCUACAGAUCUCAACUCCUCGAUUCAGAAGAAUUGAAUUCCAUGCUUAUACAUGGUGCAUUUCAGCUCCAUCGCCUUCUUAACUUGUUCAAAUUGAACUUUAUCACCACGACACAGUUUUCAGUUGUGUGUUAUUCAACUGCAUUACCUAUUGAUUUAAUUCUACGCCCUUUUCAACUCAACUCUUCACUUUGAAUUCUAAAGUGUUGAAGUCAAAUAAUUGCGUAAAGUUUACAUCAAAGAAUACACUUGGCUUAAUUCCACUAUACAUACUGUACAUAUUCUGUGUACUACUUCAACUCUACACUGUGUGGAAUGUAUUGAAAUCAGAGGGUUGUACUCGACCGUUUUCUCGUCAUGUGAAAUCUUGUGUCACACUUGUGUCUGGAUUUCCCCCAGCCCAUCAACACAUUUUAUCCUACAUUUGUAAGCAAUUUGCCAAAGCACAAAACUAUACACACAUUUAGGCUUUUUUGGGAUGUGUGUUUUUAUGUAGUGCCCUCACAGACAUGCACUGUGCAAGACGGGUACACACACACACACACACACACACACACACACACACACACACACACACACACACACACA